GUAGUUAAAUGAAGAUGCAUGGGCAGUUUGGGAAAAAAGAUAGUAGUGAAUCAUGGCUGGCAUUCGUCGUUUAGUCGGUUACUAGCUCUUCUUCCAUCUGUCUUUCAAACGUUGUCGCGCAAAUAACUCUAUACACUUCCAUACACAACUUUUGGGUCCCAAAUAUUUCCCACAAAACCUUUUCAUUUUCGACUCAAACACAGUUCCUGAUCCAUGGCAUCUCGCCGCCGCAUGUUAUUGAAGGUCAUAAUCCUCGGAGAUAGCGGGGUUGGUAAAACGUCACUGAUGAAUCAGUAUGUGAACCGUAAAUUUAGUAAUCAGUAUAAGGCAACCAUCGGUGCAGAUUUUCUUACCAAGGAAGUUCAAUUUGAAGAUAGGUUGUUCACAUUGCAGAUUUGGGAUACUGCCGGUCAAGAGCGGUUUCAGAGUCUUGGCGUGGCUUUCUACCGGGGUGCAGACUGCUGUGUUCUUGUUUAUGAUGUAAAUGUCAUGAAAUCCUUUGACAACCUUAACCACUGGCGAGAAGAAUUUCUUAUUCAGGCCAGUCCAUCUGAUCCUGAAAACUUCCCAUUUGUUGUCUUGGGAAACAAAAUAGAUGUUGAUGGUGGAAAUAGCAGAGUUAUUUCUGAGAAGAAAGCCAAGGCAUGGUGUGCUUCAAAGGGAAACAUACCAUACUUUGAGACCUCUGCAAAAGAAGGAUUUAAUGUUGAAGCUGCUUUCCAGUGCAUAGCGAAAAAUGCACUCAAGAAUGAACCUGAAGAAGAAAUGUACCUGCCUGACACAAUUGAUGUUGGUGGUGGUGGACGACAGCAGAGAUCUACUGGCUGUGAAUGUUGAGUGGAGAGAGUUUUCUGGAAUAGCUUUGUUUGCUUGUUUGAUGCCAAAUUACAAGCAAUUAUUAGCCAGCAACUAUUUUAUUAAAUAUGUAAAACCCAGGACGAAUUCCAAAUUUUAUUUUGUAUCUAUCUAGUGGAUUAGAUGUCCAUCCUGUUUAUUUUUCUAUUUAUUCCUCUUUAUCUUUUAUGUCUUGUGACAAAUGUUCCUCCAAAUCAAGAAAUGUAUGUUGAAAAUUAUUCUGUUUUCGGUUAUGACAUUGAUGUUCCUAGUUCAAGUAUGGCUUAAAUUUACUCCUUCUA